CACAUUACGAGCUGCCUGAGCCCUUGAUCUUCUCGCCAGCCUUUCUUUUCAGGCACUAGCACCACAAGAAUCCAUCGCAACAGUCUACACAGUGUACGGCCUCCCAAAAUGCCUACCAGGAAUCUCUCCUUGAUCUUCACAAAGAUCCCCACGGGCCUGCCCGUGCCCGGCGAACACAUCACCGUGAAAGACGUGGGCUUUGACCUCGACGCCCCGGCGCCCAAGAACGGCCUCGUGCUCGAGACUCUCUAUGUCUCGUUCGACCCGUACCUGCGCGGCCUGCUCCGCGACCCGAGCAUAAAGUCAUACAUGCCCCCGUUCCCGCUGAACUCGCCCAUGGUCGCGGCCUCGCUGGCCAAGGUCGUCAAGUCCAACCUCGCCGGCUACGCCGAGGGCGACAUCGUCCGGCAUUUACUUCCCGUGCAGGAGUACAAUGUGUUCGUCGCAAAGGAUGAUGAUGGCCAGAAGCCCAUGAAAAUCGACCCCACCGCCGUCGACGAUAUACGCCACUACCUCGGCGCACUGGGCAUGCCGGGCCUGACGGCGUACUCGUCGCUGUACGAGAUCGGCAAACCCAAACGCGGCGAAACGAUCCUGGUGUCGUCCGCGGCGGGUGCCGUGGGCCAACUCGUCGGCCAACUGGCCAAGCACGAGGGGCUGACCGUGCUGGGCAGUGUGGGUUCCGACGACAAACUCGAGUUCAUCACGAAAGAGCUCGGCUUCGACGGCGGGUGGAAUUACAAGAAGGAGCGCGGCAGCACGAAAGACGCGAUCGACCGCCUGACGAACGGCAAGGGCAUCGAUAUCUUCUACGACAAUGUCGGCGGCGAGCAGCUCGAGGGCGCCAUCGAGGCCCUGAACUGGCACGGCCGCAUCGUCGAGUGUGGCCAGAUCAGCCAGUACAAUCUAGCCCCCCAGGACAGGUAUCCGCUCCGCAACACGUUCAACCUCGUCGCUAAGAGGUUGCUCAUGCAAGGCUUCAUGGUGGGCGAUGCCGAGUUCGGGCCCAAGUGGUUCAAGGAGCACCAGGAGAAGGUGAGCGCGUGGUUGAAGGAUGGCAGCUUCAAGGCCAAGAUCCAUGAGACCGUCGGCAUGGACAAGGCUGGAGAGGCGUUCGUGGGCAUGUUGAAGGGCGAGAACUUUGGCAAGGCCGUGCUUAAAGUGAAAUAGAAAUGGAAAUGGAAAUGAACGGGCGGAGGGGAUGAGAUGUUCUUCUUGAUGAAGGGGGCUUGAAAAGGAGCGACUCCCUCAAACAAUUUGUAGUGCGUUGUAAUAUGUACAAUUCAACAUUGAAUUGAUGA